GUACUACCCGCUCUGCGUCAACCGGGCAACCAGCUGGGCAGGGCGCCCCUACAUCCAGUGCUUCUGCGGGGCCCCUGGCAUCUUCGACGGUGGGCUCCAGGACCUGGCCGUGCCCUACGGCCUCCUGCACUGCGAGGACUUCCCCGAGAAGCUCGCGGACGGUUUCUUCUGGGUGACGGCCAGCGAUUUCCACGAGUACAUCGAGACGAUCUUCGAGUGCCGCCUCGUCAACAGCGGCGACGUGUCGAUCCCGGGCAUGCCCGAGCCGAGGCUGUCGCCAUCGAUGCCCACGCUCGGGAUGGCCGCCUUCGGCGGCGCCCAGCUCUGGCACGAGCACGUGUACGCGAACCCGGGCGAGGUGACCGUCUGGAACCCGCCCGAGUUCACCAUCCGGGUACCCGAGCGUGACGUGCCCUGCGACAUCAUCGCCUCGGUGGAGCAGAUAGACCCGCGCAUGCUGAUGACGGACCCCGUCCGCCCCGAGCCGGUGGCCUUCAUCUGCAAGGUGUACGAGGCGUCGGAGUGGAAGAUGAAUGCAUACAGCAGCGAGCUCGUCUGCAAGUCCAACUGGCUACACGUCAGGGACGCCAUGGUCGCGUUCACCGUGGUCAGGGGCGGGGAGUUCAAGAUCAUGGCUGAGAUGUACGGCCGCAAUUCCUCGUGCGACCGCAUGGUGUUCAGGUGCUACUCCUCGCGCCCUGGCGUGACGGUCACCGCGGCGACCAGCGCCAUGAGGCACGAGCUGGUGGACGCCGACCAGCCGCCCAAGGCCACGAAGCUCACACUGGUGGGCACGGCGAAGAGAGACGAGCUGCAGGUGGACAGGCCCCAGAAGAUCGUGGAGGAGUUCGACUCGCUGCGGAGGCCAGAGAACGACGUGGCCCCCAGCGUGGAGAACCUGAAAGAGAUGCUGUGGGGCGAGGGGGAAGACUGCUCCAUCAUGUGA